AUGUUAAAUUUUCAACUAUUUAUAAUAAUUGGAGCAAAUGUUGUGGCAACAGCAACAAAUAUAAAUUUGAAAUUAUUACCAUCUACAGCUAUACAAACUAAAGGCAACAACAGCAUCAACGGCCACCGCAAUAUUGAUGAUGAAGCAUUUGUACAAUUUUUGAAAUAUGUAAGCCAAGAGCAAAGUUUUACAACAAUUGUUAUAUUGACAAAUUGGCAAUAUGCAACAACAGCAGCAACUGCAACAACUUCUACCUGGCAACAACAUGACUAUUGCGUAAAUCUUAAAUAUUAUGUGGAAUAUUUCCAGCAUCACUUGGAGAAUCUACAGCAGCGGCAGCAUCAUGCUUUAAUACCCGUACUACUUUUGCAAUCCCAGCAGGCCGACUACAUGCUCCACAAGAAAUUCAACAGUGAAUUUGUAACGAUUAUUUGUAUACCACCUCUUCCAACAUUGCCACAGCGACAGGUCAUUACAAAGGUUAUACAGAAUCAUUUAUUACGUGCUCUUAGCAAAAAUCUCUUAUACUUACGUAAAAAUCGUGUCAUAUUCCGCAUGGAUUUUAGCAGACAUGAAGGUGAAAAUUUGCAAAAUAUUGAAAAGAUUUUAAAAUACUGUCACAUGGAACAAAUCAUAAAUAUUAUGAUCAUUUCUUAUCAAUUUCCCCACAACGAUACAGUUUAUUUUACAUAUGAAAAGUUUCCUAAAUUUAAAAUGACAAAACACAGCUGGCAUAAGGAGAAGCAAAUAUUUCCCAAUCAAUUAAUUAAUUUAAAGGGUUAUAAAAUGUCUACUCUACCCGAUCAAAUAGAACCCAGAUCGAUGGUGUAUAACGAUAGCCAAGGACAACAGCAAAUUUGUGGUUAUGUGGGUCAUUUUGUGCGCUACUUUGCCAAGGGACUUAAUGCCUCGCUGAUGUUGGCCCACGAAGUUAAGGAAGGUGUUCCCAUAUUCUAUUCCGAUAUUUUGAAAUUAACACGCAAUCAUACAUUGGAUAUACCCGCUUCAUUGACUGGUCCUAUUAAUGACACCGACUGGUCGGAAUUUUCCUAUCCCUUCGAAAUAGCCAACUGGUGUGUAAUGUUGCCCGUGGAAGCCGAAAUAUCAUUGGCCGAAAUAUUUUUAGCUGUUUUAAAUCCUUAUUUUCUAAGCAACCUUUUAAUACUCUUUAUAUUUUGCACUUUUCUAUUAAUUAUGGUUUUUAAACGAAUUUCCUCCUCUUAUCGUAUUUCUGUAUCGGAUAUUUUAAUCAAUGACAAGGCAUUUAGAGCAGUUUUGGGACAGGGCUUUCCAUUUAAUGAACAAAAACUCGACUAUUUUGUGGUUUACAUAUUUAUUUUACUAUUCUUUGCCGGUCUUGUGGUGGUCACUCUCUAUGGUGUAUUUUUGGGCAGCUUUAUGACUAGUCCACCCAAAACACCUCCCAUAAGAAGUUUUGCCGAUCUAGAGAAUUCUGGCAUUAAACUAUUCAUUUCUCAGCGGGAGUAUGGUUUCAUCUAUCCUUCUAGUUAUCUACAAUAUCCUCGACUCUUUCAUAUACUGGACUCUUACGAUGAAUUUGUGCGCAUACGCAAUACUUUAAAUACCAGCAAUGCUUAUGUUAUUACCUCCUCCAGUUGGCCUGUUUUUGCGGCUCAGCAGGAACUAUUCUCUCGUCAACUGUUUCGCUAUACCACCGAUUUAUGUUUCAGCCGUUAUCUUCAUUUUUAUUUCAUUUUACCCAUGCAUUCGGUUUUUCGAGAACCUUUACAAUUGUUGACUUUAAAGGCAUAUUCGUCUGGUUUGUUUUUCCAUUGGUUUGAGUCGAGUUUUAAUGAAAUGGUUUUAUUGGGCCGGAUGUCCUUUACCGAUAUUACUGAACCGCGUCAGUUGAUGCCAAUUGCUGUAGCUGAUUUGAAGAUAAUUUUUGUGGGUUUUUGUAUUUUGUUAGUGGCAAGUGUGGGCAUUUUUAUUGUGGAAAUUUUUGUAUAUCGUAUUGGGAUGUAA